AUGAGUAUGUUAAAACCAAGUGGACUUAAGGCUCCUUCAAAGACCAUCAAGCAUGGGAGUACAUUGCUGAAAACACCUGCAUCUGUUGCAGCUGCUCCAGCAGAAAAAGCAGCUUCCAGUGAAAAGGCCUCAAGCACAACCACUGCAGAUGCACAUGAAGAGUUUGUGGAUGAUUUCAGAGUUGGGGAGCGUGUUUGGGUCAAUGGAAAUAAACCUGGCUUUAUUCAGUUCCUUGGUGAAACACAGUUUGCUCCAGGACAGUGGGCAGGGAUUGUUCUAGAUGAACCAAUUGGUAAGAAUGAUGGCUCUGUGGCUGGAGUUCGCUAUUUCCAGUGUGAACCCUUGAGGGGAAUAUUUACAAGACCAUCAAAAUUGACAAGAAAAGUGCUGACAGAAGAUGAAGCCAAUGGUACACAGACAGCUCAUGCUUCUAGAGCUACAUCACCAACUUCCACAUCCGCUGCUAGUAUGGUGUCUUCCUCUGCUGCUGCGCUUCCCCCUUCAGGAAUUCCACAGAAAACUUCACCGCUUGCUGCUAAGGAACAUUCAACUCCUUCUCAGAUUAGCAAUCUUUCAAAAACUGCAAGUGAAUCUAUAUCAAAUCUAUCUGAAGCUGGAUCACUAAAGAAAGGAGAAAGGGAGCUCAAAAUUGGUGAUCGAGUUCUGGUUGGUGGAACAAAAGCUGGAGUUGUGCGUUUCUUGGGAGAAACUGACUUUGCUAAAGGAGAGUGGUGUGGAGUAGAACUGGAUGAACCUCUGGGAAAGAAUGAUGGGGCUGUUGCUGGAACAAGGUAUUUUCAGUGUCAGCCAAAAUAUGGUUUAUUUGCUCCAGUCCACAAAGUUACAAAGAUUGGAUUCCCGUCAACCACACCAGCAAAAGCAAAGACAACUGUGCGAAAAGUGAUUGCGACUCCCACAGCCCUGAAACGUAGUCCGAGUGCAUCUUCCCUGAGCUCUCUCAGUUCUGUGGCAUCUUCCGUAAGCAGCAAGCCAAGCCGUACAGGACUAUUGACAGAAACAUCCUCCCGGUAUGCAAGAAAAAUUUCUGGUACCACAGCCCUACAGGAGGCACUGAAGGAGAAGCAGCAACACAUUGAACAGCUCCUGGCAGAAAGGGACCUGGAGAGGGCAGAAGUUGCAAAAGCAACCAGUCACGUAGGAGAAAUAGAGCAGGAAUUAGCUCUUGUUCGUGAUGGACAUGAUCGGCAUGUACUGGAGAUGGAAGCAAAAAUGGACCAGCUACGAGCUAUGGUGGAGGCUGCUGAUAGGGAGAAAGUGGAGCUUCUCAAUCAGCUUGAGGAAGAGAAAAGGAAAGUCGAAGACCUUCAGUUCCGUGUGGAAGAAGAAUCCAUUACCAAAGGAGACCUAGAGCGAAAGAGGCAGAUUUCGGAAGACCCAGAAAAUACGCAGACCAAACUGGAGCAUGCCCGCAUUAAGGAGCUUGAACAGAGCCUGCUCUUUGAAAAGACCAAAGCUGACAAACUCCAGAGGGAGUUAGAAGACACUAGGGUGGCCACAGUAUCAGAAAAAUCUCGCAUCAUGGAACUAGAAAGAGAUCUAGCAUUGCGGGUGAAGGAAGUAGCUGAGCUUCGAGGGAGAUUAGAGUCUAGUAAACACAUUGAUGAUGUGGACACUUCUCUUUCGUUGUUACAAGAAAUAAGUUCUUUGCAAGAAAGAAUGGCAGCAGUUAGCAAAGAACAUCAGAAUGAGAUGAAUUCACUGAAAGAGAAGUUUGGAAUUAGUGAAGAAGCAUUGCAGAAAGAGAUAAAAUCACUUUCAGCUUCAAAUGAGAGAAUGGCAAAAGAAAACGAAUCCUUGAAAACUAAGCUUGAUCAUGCCAACAAGGAGAAUUCAGAUGUAAUAGAGCUGUGGAAAUCAAAGCUGGAAUCUGCAAUUGCCUCCCAUCAGCAAGCCAUGGAAGAACUAAAAGUUUCUUUCAGCAAAGGUGUAGGGGCUCAGACAGCAGAAUUUGCAGAGUUAAAGACUCAGAUUGAGAAGAUUAAAUUAGACUAUGAAAAUGAAAUGUCAAAUUUAAAACUGAAGCAGGAAAAUGAAAAAUCUCAUCAUUUAAAAGAGAUUGAAUCGCUGAAAGCAAAACUGUUGGCAGUCACCGAGGAGAAAGAGCAAAACCUGGAAAGCCUGAAGACCAAACUGGAAAGUGUGGAAGAUCAGCAUCUAGUAGAAAUGGAAGACACUUUAAACAAAUUACAGGAAGCUGAAAUAAAGGUAAAGGAGCUAGAGGUACUGCAAGCCAAGUACAAUGAACAAACCAAAGUUAUUGAUAGUCUUACACCACAGAUCAAAGCUGCUGAAGAAAAACUUUUGGACCUUGCUGCACUUCAGAAAGCCAAUUCUGAAGGUAAAUUGGAAAUCCAGAAACUUAGCAAGCAGCUUGAGGCAGCUGAGAAACAAAUUCAGAAUUUAGAGACUGAAAAGGUUGAUGGAAGUAGCAAGGCUAGUAAUCUGGCCAAAGAACUGCAGGGCAAAGAGCAAAAGCUUCUUGACCUUGAGAAAAACUUGAGUGCAGUAAAUCAAGUUAAAGAUUCUUUGGAAAAGGAACUUCAAAUUUUGAAAGAAAAGUUUACUAGUGCAGCUGAUGAAGCAGAAAACGUUCAACAAACGAUGCAAGAAACAAUAAAAAAACUAAACCAAAAAGAAGAGCAGUUUGCACUCAUGUCUUCAGAACUGGAACAGCUGAAGUCUAGUUUGACUGUGAUGGAGAAGAAAUUGAAAGAGCGAGAAGAGAGGGAACAGCAACUGAUUGAAGCUAAAGCCAAACUUGAAAAUGAUAUUGCAGAGAUCAUGAAGUCUUCAGGAGACAGCUCUGCCCAGCUGACGAAAAUGAAUGAUGAGCUCCGGUUAAAAGAAAGGCAGUUGGAGCAAAUACAAGUUGAGCUUACAAAAGCAAAUGAAAAGGCUGUUCAGCUUCAGAAAAAUGUGGAGCAGACAACACAGAAAGCUGAGCAGAGUCAGCAAGAAACUCUCAAGAUUCAUCAAGCAGAACUGAAAAACAUGCAGGACCAACUAAUGGACAUGAAAAAGCAAAUCGAGACUAGCCAAAAUCAGUAUAAGGAGCUUCAGGCAAAGUAUGAAAAAGAAACUUCUGAGAUGAUCACUAAACACGAUGCAGAUAUCAAAGGGUUUAAUCAGAACUUGCUGGAUGCAGAAGAGGCACUGAAAAUUGCACAGAAGAAAAUCGAUGAGUUAGAAACACAGGCUGAGGAGCUGAAAAAGCAAGCAGAACAGGCCAAAACUGCCAAAAUGGCAGAAGAUGUUUUCCAGACUGUGGAGAAGGUGACCAAAGAGAAGGAUGCCAUUCACAAAGAGAAGAUUGAAACUUUGGCCUCUUUGGAGAACUCUAGACAGACAAAUGAGAAGCUACAGAAUGAAUUGGACAUGCUUAAACAAAACAACCUGAAAAAUGAAGAGGAGCUUAGUAAAUCAAAGGAGCUUCUAAAUCUGGAGAACAAGAAAGUGGAAGAACUUAGAAAAGAAUUCGAAGCGCUGAAGCUGGCAGCUGCUCAGAAGUCCCAGCAGCUUGCAGCUUUGCAAGAGGAGAACGUGAAACUUGCCGAGGAGCUGGGCAGGAGCAGGGACGAAGUCACAAGUCAUCAGAAGCUGGAAGAGGAGAGAUCAGUACUCAAUAACCAGUUAUUAGAGAUGAAAAAGAGGUAA